AUGGAUACGCUCUCAACAACCAUAGUUGACAAGACAAGAGUACAUUUCGCAAGGUUUUGCAUCCCACGUAUCUGUCAUACAGACAAUGGACCACAAUUUGUUGCCAGAGCAUACAAAGAAUUUUCAAAAGAGUACAACUUCCACCAUACAACAUCCUCACCAUACCAUCCACAAGGGAACGGCAGAGCAGAAGCAGCAGUGAAGCUUGUCAAAAAUAUGAUCAAGAAGACGGAUGAUUUUCAAGCGGCUCUAUUAAACUAUAGAAACACGCCUCAGAGAGGUCACUCUUAUUCCCCAGUUCAACGGAUGUUGUGUCGUCGCACCCGAACAAAAUUGCCAACCACAAACAAGGUUCUUGUUCCGAGAAUGAUAAACAGAACAAUGAUACAAGAGGAUUUAGAGCGUAAACGCAACACCAGUAAAACAUAUUAUGACGGAGCAGUGGGACCACAGCACAGCACCUUACGACCUGGUCAGUAUGCUUAUGCUAGACCACCUCCACAACGCCGUGGGAAACCGUGGAUUUAUGGGCAAUUUAUAAGUGAACAACCAUCACGGUCGUACAUGUUAAAAACACGCAAAGGGGUGAUAAGAAGGAAUCGUGUCCACAUCAUACCAACAACACCACUACUGACAGAUUCUGGACCUAUCUCUCAAAAAAAGGAGUCUUCAACGCAUAUGGAAACAACCCCUAUCAUUCUUCCAAGUAGACCACCUAAGAAGGAAAUAACGACAACACAAGAUAGACAAGAGCCAUCGACACCCACAGUAACACAUGAACCAUCAACGACCAUUCCAUCGCCUAUUCCACCAACGCCCAUUCCACAGCCCGAGUUGUCAAGAAGGCCAACCAGGACGAGAAGAAUGCCAGAGAGGUUGAAAGACUAUGUACUGAAUGGACUAGAACAAUUAUUAAGAUAA